AAAUUAAUCUCCAUCUCAACGAGAAUUGUUAGACUUUAUAGCUAGCACACGCUAGCUAAACUGACUGACUGUUUUGUGAUAACGAUAGCUAGCUAGCUCCCUGUCUGGAUUUCUGUUUCGGAUUUUGGACAUCUAGCUAGCUAGUUAGCUGACUAAAAUCAAGUGGACACUUUGCUCGCAUUGGAUAUGCCUGUUUUUCACAUUUGGAUUAACACACGGAGUACUUCGCCAACUUGACUUUAUAGGUUGCUUUGCUGGCUGGCUAGCUAGCUAGCCACAUCUCUCAUUGGAAUACCGUGGGAUAUUAGCUAGCUAGCUAGCUAGCUAGCUGGAGCGUUACGCUAAUUUGCUUGCUAGCUUGUGAGAGGCGAAAAGUGUUGGGCUGUUUGCUCGGAUUACUGCUUUGAUUGGCUGUGAACCCAAUUCGUUUUUCUGCGUUCCUUCGCAAUGGUACCCAGCUCGCUGACGCCGUGUGGAGUUUUAUCCAAGCAAGCGUGCAGUUAUAAAUCAGGGCCUUGGAUUACUUUUGGUGGUUUGCUUGCUUGCUAGCUACCUAUCUGUCUUGCUAGCUGUAUUGUUAGCCUCUUGACUCUUGACAGUUGUCUGCCAGAAAUCAGUUAUACCGCUAUGUCAUCGAGGUGCUUUGAAGAUGUCAAGCGAAUAGAUUUUAGGUAGCUAGUUUGCUUGCUUGCCAAAUUGCUAGCUACUUUUUAUUCAAAAUAUUGUUGGAGUUGAGACUUCGGAUCCCGAAACGAGCUAGCUAGCUACUGUCUGCUAGCUGUAUCAAUAGAACGCACAGAAUAACGUCAAUUAGCUGGCUAGGUUGUCAGCUAAUGAGAAAAGAGUAGUUAAGCCUGGAAGUACACGAAUUGACAUCUUCUUAGCUUAAAUUAAGCUCCAUCUGCAUGAAAGUUCAAACUUGAGCACCAUCCCUUAAUUUACACCCGCUUUGGGUUUUCACAGGGUAGAACAAACUGAAAAACACUCGUUGUCUAACUUUGUGUAAACAGGCUCAUUAUUUGCCAUGGAGGGUGUUGGUGGGGGUAACCAACAGAAAGUCACCCCGCUAGCACGAGAAUUGACGAGGAUCUUUAACAGUUACAACAAACACUCCAUAUUGCUGAAAAAGAACUUGAAAGAGACCAAUGCCUUUUUCCGGGAGAUCAGACAGAACUACAGCAAUGCUUGCGCAUCCGCCGCCAGCUCGGAGGCCGCUGCCCUGGAAGCAGGCCAGCUGAGCUGUAUCUCGUUCCCGCGCCACGAGGAGGAGUUCCUGCAGGCCAGCGUGGGCAGCACCCCCUACAUCCUGGUCCUGGGCCAAGACUGCGCCGCCCGCUACCAGCUGCUCAACUGCCUCCUGGGAGAGCGGCUGCUGCCCCUGGGCCACGAGGGCGGGGCCGGCUGCGGGGAGGGCGGGGUCUGCAAGCGCCGCAAGCUGUGCUUCACACACGGGCGGCAGACCCGGCUCAGCCUGGCGCUGCCCGGCCAGUACGAGCUGGUCCACCAGCUGGCCGCCCACUGCGGCCGCUGGGAGACCGUGCCCCGGGAGGACCUGGAGAUCCACGAGGAGUGCCAGGACCCCGCCCACCGCCUGGCCGAGCUGGAGGUCACGCUGCAUCACCCCCUGCUGCAGGAGUCGAAGAUCAUGGUGGUGCCGUGCCCCAGCGUGCAGCCCAUCGAGGAGGCCCUGGAGGACUGCCUGCGCAGCGUGGUGCCCAUCCUGCUGUACGCCGUCAGCCAGGACCUGCUCUCCCCGUCGCACAUAACCGAGCUGCAGAAGGUGCGCGCCAUCCUGCCCUUCCCCAUCUGCUUCGUCCGCAUGCCCAGCUCGGCCGGGGAGCCGGGCCCCGAGGGCGGCGGGGGCGGGCGGGGCGCAGAGAGGGACCGCAGCCCCCUGCACCGCCAGCUCCUGGCGCUGGGCUUCCUCAACAGCCCGGCGGGGAACUGCUCCUGCGGCGCCCCCUCGCAGCUGCCCAACCCGGCGGCCAAGCCGCAGAGCGUGCUGGGGGAGAGCUUCGAGCGCCUGCACCGCCUCCUCGUGCCCUUCGCCCGGCAGGUGCUGCACAACCAGCAGGUGGAGGCCGCCAACCUGCUGAACGGCGUCCACUGCCGCUGCCUGGACCUCUUCAUCAACCAGGCUUUCGACAUGCAGCGGGAUUUGCAGAUCACGCCGCGGCGGCUGGAGUACACGCGCGAGAAGGAGGGCGAGCUCUUCUCCUCCCUCAUGGCCAUCGCCAACCGCAAGCAGGAGGAGAUGAAGGAGAUGAUCGUGGAGACGCUCAGCAGCAUGAAGGAGCAGCUGCUGGAGGACGCUGCUAACCUGGAGUUCACGGACAUCAUCGUUACACCCAACGGGGAGCCCGUCACCUCCAAGGACAUCAAGUCCUGCAUCCACCAGAUCCAGGAGCUGAUCGUGGUGAGGCUGAACCAGGCCGUGGCCAACAAGCUCAUCAGCUCCGUGGACUACCUGCGGGAGAGCUUCGUGGGCACGCUGGAACGCUGUCUGAGUAGCCUGGAGAAGUCUCACAUGGAUGCCUCUGUACACAACAUCACCUCCAACCAUCUCAAGCAGAUUCUGAAUGCUGCCUAUCACGUUGAAGUUACGUUCCAUUCCGGGUCCUCGGUCACACGGCUAGUGUGGGAACAGAUCAAGCAGAUUAUCCAGAGGCUAACAUGGGUGAACCCGCCGGCCAUCACGGCAGAGUGGAAGAGGAAGGUGGCCCAGGACGCCAUCGAGAGUCUGAGCGCCGCCAAGCUCGCCAAGAGCAUCUGCUCGCAGUUCCGCACGCGCCUCAACAGCUCCCACGAAGCCUUCGCCGCCUCUCUGCGCCAGCUGGAGGAGGGCCACACCGGCAGGCUGGAGCGGACGGAGGACCUGUGGCUCCGCGUGAGGAAGGACCACGCCCCUCGUCUGGCGCGGCUGUCCCUGGAGAGCCGGUCGCUGCGGGACGUGCUGCUACACGGAAAGCCCAAGCUGGGCCGGGAGCUGGGGCGGGGCCAGUACGGAGUGGUCUAUCUGUGUGACAGCUGGGGGGGCCACUACCCCUGUGCGCUCAAAUCCGUUGUGCCCCCGGACGACAAGCACUGGAAUGAUCUGGCACUGGAGUUCCACUACACAAGAUCCCUGCCGAAGCACGAACGGCUGGUGGAUCUGCACGGCUCGGUCAUCGACCACACGUACGGCGGCGGCUCCAGCAUCGCCGUGCUGCUCAUCAUGGAGAGGCUGCACCGGGACCUCUACACCGGGCUCAAGGCCGGGCUCUCCCUGAAGGAGCGGCUGCUGAUUGCCCUGGACGUCGUGGAGGGGAUCCGCUUCCUGCACAGCCAGGGGCUCCUGCAUCGGGACAUCAAGCUGAAGAACGUUCUGCUGGACAGACAGAACCGGGCGAAGAUCACCGACCUGGGGUUCUGCAAGCCGGAGGCCAUGAUGUCAGGCAGCAUCGUGGGCACCCCCAUUCACAUGGCACCCGAGCUGUUCACAGGGAAGUACGAUAACUCGGUGGACGUGUACGCCUUUGGGAUCCUGUUCUGGUACCUCUGCACCGGUUCAGUCAAGCUCCCAGAAGCCUUUGAGAAAUGCGCCAGCAAGGACCAGCUGUGGAACAACGUUAAAAAAGGUGCCAGGCCCGAGCGUUUGCCGAGCUUCGACGAGGAGUGCUGGCAGCUGAUGGAGGCCUGCUGGAACGGGGACGCCUCCCAGAGGCCCCUGCUGGGCAUCGUGCAGCCCAGUUUGCAAAGCAUCAUGGACCGGUUGUGCACUACAGGGUUCGACAGGAAGAGUGCCAGCUUGGAGGACUCUACUUGAAGAGCCGAGAACGGAAGGGAAGACGACGGUAGCUUAGACGUGUUGAUUUGUUUCGGAUUUCGACAACGGGCACGAGCUUGAGAUUUGCUGGCCAAGAAGGCGUGACCAAUAAACACAACCAAGUCAGACAUUUUCUCCAUUGCAAACAACUUAAUGUCCACACUUUAAAAAAGACCUGAACAAAAUGCAACACACACACAAAUAUGUGUGUAUAUGUGUAUUUGUGUCGUGUAUUUAUAUAUGAAUUCAGGCAUACACUAUGCUUCUUUCAUAGCAUGCAUGCUAAUGCCUGCUUCUCAUAGGAUUAUUAGCUACUAGGGAUAAAACAUUGUUUUAAAAGUAGUAAG